UUGAAGCGUUUCGGUUCGUCGUGGUUCCGUUCGAAUGUCGCGCGCGCGUUUCACUGAGACCCUGAGGCUCUGCAUACAGAGCGCUCCGCAGUGAGUAUUUAAACACCCCGAGUUCAGCACUGGCCUACGAAAGGAUAAUACGAGCGAGCAGUUGUACCGAGGGAAAAUACUCGAGUGGAAAAACCAAUAAAUCCAACUCACCUGGUUGAAGGGGCUGUUGUGUUAUGUGUUGUUUUUUCGUUUCGUGCGAUUCGCUCUGCCGCUCAGGGCUAAUCGAUUAAUGUCGGUGUGUUGAUGCGAAAGGAGUUGGCGAGGAGCCGAAAGUGGGCGAAAAAGAGUGAAAAGUGAUUCACCCGUAGUAUGUGGUAGUGUCUGCCAGGGGGGAAAACGGUGUCAGGAUAACUGGAUUACUCGUGGUUCACUAAGCUGCCAGUGCUGCUACCGCUGCGGGAAUUGAAAAAAGGGGGCCACACGGACAAAAGGUGCAACCGACCUGUCCUUGCUAUUGAGUGAUGAUAUGCAGUGAGGCGAAUAUUCCGCGCUUCGGGAAAUUUAUACAAUGUAAAUGAGGGUAGUUAUUUUUACUGGUGGAAGAGCGUGAAUGAAUGAUUAAUAGUGCAUCGGAUAGAUAUCAUUCCCCAAGCAAGUGUAAUGCAAACCGAGAAUAAAUAAGGUGAUUGAUUAUUCGUCAACCGGCGUAAGUGCGAAUGAGCGAUUGCGAGGAAAAAAGCUCCACAAGAAGUAGUGUUUAAAGUUGUCCCACAGCGACACGUGUUGAUUGGCGGUAAACGUCCCACUUACCAGUGUUUCACGAAGAGAUGAAUCAAUAAGUGGAGGGCAUGUGAUGGUUACGGUGAUUAAACCCCGACGAGUGAUUGUGGGGCACAUAAAGUGCUGAAUAUGUGAUCGAUGUGAGCCGAGGAUUAGUGCAGUGCACACACAGCGGAAAUUGCUUUUUUAUAUUGUUUAUGGAAUAAUAAUGAAACAUACGUCAUUGUUGUAGGCGGAAUGAGUGGAUUUGAUGAGCAAAGCAUGUGGAAAUAUUAUCGUUGUAUAGUGCAUUGGAUUGGAAUAUAUACACAAUGAUGAAAUGUUAAAUAAGUGAGGCGAAUCAUCGUACCGUUCUGUCUAGAUAUUGAUUAUCAUGCUGCGGGCCUUCGGAUCUGGUCAUUGAAACCCGAAUUGAUCCUGUCGAGGGAAAGUCACGAAAAGGGAUUUCCACUUCAGGCUUUCUUUUGAUUCUGAUACGGCGACGUGUUUGAUUAUUCAAAAGGAGGACAAACCCCGAGCCGGGACAAAUAGAACAAGCUAUCGGCGAACCUAAUGGACCUGUAAUCAACCGUGGUGGAUCGAGAAAAAAUUGAAACUUUCCCAAGUCGGAAAAUUCAACGUCACGUUCACGGAAGUUUCCGGAAAGCACGGAACAAAAAAAUAUAUCGAAAUACCACCCAAAUGGCUUCGGGUGGGAUGUGAUUGUGUUGCAAAUUUGGCCGCAAAGGAAGCCAGUGUGAGUCAGUGAAAGGUUCUAUUAAAUGUGUUUCUCGCUUCCGAUACAAAUGAUAUCUUAUUUCGCUCCGAGCAGCGAUCCGUUCGAAGCCACCAUUCGCUGGAAAUGAGAUUGAAUGGUCGAGAUAUACCCGCGAACAAAGCCGGUACGGGACAGGUGCUAAUGAAAUUGUGCGGAAAUGUCCUCGCCGCUGUUGACGGUGCUAAGGAAGCGUAAGAAAAAAGUGUGAUUAAUUCCCCCAAAGGAGCCUAACGGUCGAAAUAACAAAGGAAUUGCGGGCUAAUCUCAAGGUCGAAAAUAUACCGAAGGGUCUACACAGUGGUCGUAAAUGUGAUUUCUGUCGGUCCUGUCUUGUGUUGUUUGUUUUAUUUUUCUUGUGCAGUGUGAGUGAUUGUUUUGUGGUGAAGGAAGAGAAAUAGGAUGAUGGCGCAUUACGUGACAAAGCAUUAUUAUUACUUACGGAUCGUCGUUAUUCUGAUUGGAAUGCUGGAUCUGGGCGAAGUAAGAUGGAAGAGUGCCAACGGGAGCGCCCUCGUGGAUGCCAGUUCCGUGAUUGGCGAUGAAAAUGGUCCACUAUUUGAAGUACAAACAGCCGUCGGUCUGGACGUAUCGCUCCCGUGCGAUCUGCUGCCGACGACGAUGGCGAUGAUGACCGACAAAGUGACCCUGGUCAUCUGGUACAAGGAGGGUAACAGCAAGCCAAUUUACUCAUUCGACGCACGAGGCAAGAACCUCCAGCAGGCGAUCCAUUGGUCGGACGAGGCAGUCCUGAAGUCGAAGGCGUACUUCUACUACGAGACGAAUCCGCCAGCGCUGCGGAUUAAAAACGUCAAACAGGAAGACGCCGCGUUGUACAGGUGCCGCGUGGAUUUUCAAAAGUCGCCAACGAAAAACUGUCGGAUAGACCUGGAUGUGCUUGUGCCCCCCUCGAAGCUGGCCAUCCUGGACGAGAUGGGCGCAGCCAUCCAGAACAACAUCGUAGGUCCGUACCAGGAGAACACCGACAUCAACCUGACGUGCGUGUCCAGCGGGGGAAUCCCAACGCCCAAGGUAACCUGGUGGCGGGAGCAUGCCCUGCUGGACGACUCCUUUCUGAUCCUCCCGGAUGGGACGGUGAAAAACGUCCUCUACCUGGAGAAGCUGAGUCGCAGUGAUCUACACUCGGUAUAUACGUGCCAAGCCAGCAACGGACAUGUGGUGCCUCCACUUUCCAGUGCUGUUAAGUUAGAUAUGAAAUUGCCUCCGCUAUUCGUCGCCAUCCAGGGUCUGCAGGAUACACUGACGGCAGGGAUCAAGACACAAGUAUCCUGCCACACGGCUGGAAGCCGCCCUGCACCAAGCAUCGUGUGGAGCAAAGGCACCUCCAUCAUUCGGGGCUCGUCACAAACGACAUCUAAUGACGGGAACGUGACUGUUUCGGAGUUGGUGUUCGUGCCCGGACCGGAAGAUAAUGAAAAAUCAAUUACAUGCUCAAUUAGCUAUAACGAAUUCGGGGGACCAGCGAUCUAUCUCAAAGAUUCCCGUGUGCUGGAUGUCAGACAUGUUCCCGUGAUUUCGCUAUCACUUGGGGCUCCGCUGAAUUCCCAGAACCUGAUGGAGGGUUCAGACGUGUAUUUGGAGUGUGACAUCAAGGCGAACCCACCGGCAAAGAAGAUCGAAUGGUUCCACAACAACAAAGUGCUACAACCAGCGCGCGGCGUAAUCAUCUCCAAUCAGACGCUGGUGCUGCAGAGCAUCACGAAGGCGACCCACGGCGAGUACAUGUGCAGGGCGGCCAACACGCUCGGAACCGUCAACAGCAAUCAGCUCUAUUUGGAUAUCAAAUAUCCCCCGGUUUGCAAAUCAGAAGCACAAAUAAUACGCGCCGCAGUUAAGCAAACAGUUAACAUCACUUGCGAUAUCGACGCUAAUCCGAUGCCCAAUUUGCUCUUCCGAUGGCAAUUUAAUAACUCACUGGAAAGCAUGCUCGAGCUUCCUCCGUACACCAAUGUCGAAUCCGAGCUGCACCAUCAUCUGGUGCUGGCGGAGUCCGAACACGGUUCCCAAGGGGACCAUCCCCAUCACCAUCAUCAUCAUUCGUCCUCGUCAUCGGCUUCAUCAUCAUCAUCGCUGUCCUCCUCCUCCGCCGCGGCUUCCUCCGCCGGCGGCAGUAAUCACAAUGUCCUGGUGGGGCCGAGCCUAGAGGAAAUGGUGCGCCGAAAGCUGGAACGGCAUCAGCAGCCCCCCAAGACGACCCUCGUCGAUGGCCAGCUGUACAUGUACCGGAUCGAAUCGUUCACCAGCUUCGGUACGAUCACCUGCACCGCCACAAACACGUUCGGCCAGAGUGGCCACUGCCUCUAUCACAUCCUGGUGGCAGAUGUACCUGAUCCAAUUAAAAGUUGCACAAUAUCGAAUGUGACCGCCUAUACGGUGCAUGUGUCCUGUGUCCCCGGCAAGGAUGGUGGCAUCCCGCAGCAGUUCCACAUUGACGUUUUCGACGAGCACACGAAAAAGCUCCUCCUGAGCGUCACGUUCCACGGUUCGGAGAUGCUGCUGAAAAAGCUUCCGAGCGAUACCAGCUUCAUCAUCAAGAUCACACCAUUUAAUCUCCAGGGCACGGCUCCCAGCAGUUUCCGUGUCAAAGCUCAGACCCUGCCGGCCCCACUGCUGCGUACCGCCCCUUCGAAAGCGGUUCUCGUGCAGCUGACGCCCCUUCUGGGAGCGCUGGUUGGGGCCGCCGUGACGCUCAUCCUCGUCGCCAUCUGCAUCAUCAUUUUCGUCAAAUUCAAAACGAAGAAGAAGCAUCACUCAACACCAUCGACCGAGCAGGACAAAGGCAGCGCCGAACCGUUGAGUCGGAACAUUGGAAGCCAUUCCAGCAUCGACGAUAAGAACCCGGAUGUGAUCCCUCACGAAAACAGCGAAGAUGACGAGGAGAAGCAGUUCGAGCGGUUGGCGUUGGACACGGAGCGACUAAAGUUCACCCAGCAGCCCCCGGUGAAUUAUUCACCCACGCACGUGUCCCCCACGGGGAAUGGGCUGAAAAAGAACGUUUUCCUCUCGCAGCUUGGUGAGCUCUCGCUCACAACUAAUCCUAGUUACGCGAUCUAUAACUCACCGCUACGCAGCGCGUAUUGCAGCACUAGCAAUCCUUCGGGAGUGGCUACGACCGUGCUGCCAGCGAGGACGACAUCCCCGAACAUCUACACUCGAUUGCCUUUGCGAGAUUUUACGCCCAACACGUACGACAGUAUGCUCAGCACUUCCCAGUCAUCGACGGGGGGCUUCGCAACGUCCCAAAUCUACACGGCCAAAAUGCCGCUGCUGACGACGAAUUACGCCGAGCUGGCAUCACUGGACAAAUGAUAGCAGUCCACUGUCAGCGAGUCCAUAAAUUGUCAAUUCGAACACUGAAAGCUUCCGUCAAACGCUUUUGGGGGUGGGAGGAGCUCCUUGCCAUACAGAGAGAUUCAUUGAUGUACGUAUCAUUCGCGAUCGACCGUAGUUAGGAAUCCCAUAGAUAAAUGCUAUUAAACUGAUCGAUGGUUCAGAGCAGCAUCUUGUACAUACCGACAACCCCAUUUUUACGUACGUGUAGUCCUGAAGUCUAGUUAAAUUAUUGUUGAAAUUUGUAAACAGGCGGAACAAGACGCGGAGGAUCGAAUUUCUUACAUUUAGGAACGAAUGAAAGACGAAACAGUAUAUGUACACAAGCAGGUUAGUAGCGUAAUUUAUUGAGUAUUCUUGAACAACACGCGAAACGGCCAAAACUCUUGCGUUUUGAACGCGUUGUUAUUAACGCCUUCCUAGUUUAAGUCAACACCGACAGAGCAGAGAUAUCAGAUUAUUUUAUUUACUUGAGCAGCGAAAGUUUGAAUUUUUUGUUCGUAAUGAUAAGAAGCGUUCCAUAUCGGUUCAAAGCGUGCGUGGUUAUAUGUUUCUUCCGCUUUUUUUUCCAUCUCCUAUCCGUCAAUAUAAUUCUCGGUUAUGAUGACUGGAAAGUAAACAUCAGAUAACGGCGAGCGAACGGAGAGAAAACUAAACAGGGACUAGUUCAAUAAAUACACAAACAAAAAUAUUUUACAGCCAUCAGGCAUACCGAACCCAGAAACCGAGAUGCGAAGAGAAUGUCAAUAAACCAACAGCCAAACAUCACCAUAUCAGUUCAUAUCAGUGAAGACGGAAAUAUAUUCUCUGACGAUGUGAUGUGAUGAGUGACAGUGGGGGUGGAGGAUCCGCCGGGGAAUCCGCAGUGAACCUUAAAGUUCAAGUCAAAAUAAAGUUUUAUGACGUUUUUUAUGAUGCCUCUCUGAUGUGUUGAUGUUACCCUUCGAAGCGAUUCCCGUGAUAAGGUUCAACAUCGAUUGGAGGAACAAAGCGACGUGAAGCGUUUCAUUAUUUAUCCUGGUUCAAAAUAGUCCCACUGAGAGUAGGCGAUACGUUUACAAUCAUUUUACAGCACCAUAAUUGCUCCAAAAUGCCAUACUUUGUCAAUAUUGUCUCGAUCGGAACAGGAAGACCAUCUCCGGUGGGAAUCAAACGAACCAAGGCAUUCCUCGCUCUCUCCCCAUCGAAUGUUGUGCCAUUUUCUGUUGCCCUCAAGGGCCAAGCCAGUGGAGGGAAACCCUUCCUUUGGUGACAUUGCGAGAAUGACACUACGAGCAAGCGGACCAUGUUCGCUACGAUGCGACAAAGGAAGUUUGCCGUGACUGUGACUACGCAAACGGCACCCCAAGGAGUUCCGGCUCAACAUGGACGUUGGAAAAACUCGCUCCAUGACACAAACGAAUGAAUAAAACCAUGUUGGUUCCGGACCAUUCCGAUGGUUCCGAUUCCUUUUUUAGGUGAGUUUUGUUUUCAAUUAGAGAACGAACAUGUACCAGAACGAGCGGAUGUUUAGAGCAUGCGGCAUUUAUUAACAAGUCGUAAAAAAAUGUUUCGAAAUGCUUUUUCUGAAAACAUGUUUGCAAGAACACGAAUAAUAGGUGCAAAAAAGCACUGCAGAGUAACUCUCUCACAGUCGAAGCUUAUGAAGUGAGAAUAGGUCGUAAACUAUAUAUGAUACUAUAUAUAAUACGAUAUUUAAGACCGAUUAGUGUGGCCCUAUGUGGAAAAAAAAUUCCCGAAUAUUUUUUUUGUAUAAUUUUUUUAAAAUUUGACUUCAAAACAUACACAAAACCACAAAUUUUCACUCUCCAACCCACAUUACCCUUUUUUCCAUCGUGAUUGAAAUAUUUUUAUAAACAACUGCCCCAAAUUUAUUUUUCAUUAUCACAUCCACGUUUUCUUACAAAGCGCACGUUCAUGAGUCUAAUCGCAGAUCUGUUCAUUGAUUGAUCUUCUAAUCACCUUUUAAGAUUAUUUUUUAACUAUAAAAUUUCAGUACUUCUACCAAAACUCGAUAUUAUAUUAACAGAUUAUUUUCAGACACAAUUCUCGUGCAAGAUUUUUCAUCCACUUGCAAAUAACAAUUAACAUUUCUCCAUUACAUGAAAUAAAUGUUUAAUACAGAAAAAAUUAUUCAAUUAAGACAGACCUAAAUCGGACAAAUUCUUUUUCGAGUUUUGCUCUUAUCAACACAUUCGGCGAUCCAUUUUUAUUCAAAUAGAUAGAAGACGAUAUAGGAGUGCGUUUUAUCACAUUAAAAUCCAUUUCCACUUUCGAACAAAAAUCAAUUUCGUUAGCACAAACAUCAAAUGGACUAACGAUUGUCACUUUGUAAUUGUGGAACAUAUGCGAAUUGAACAUUUCGAAUUUUCCCAUUUUCCUUCCGAGUUUUCCGAAAAUUUUCAAUUGUCGCGUUUGGUUGGAAUAUGUGUAUUAUUUUUAUGGAACCCCCUAUCCACUCCAGAGAAGGAAGGGGUGUCAUACCAUCAUACAAGCAUUUCUCGUAACCAAAACCCUCACAUCCCAAAUUUUGCUCCAUUUGCUUGAUUAGUUCUCGAGUUAUGCAGAAAUUUGUGUUUCAUUUGUAUGGCAGCAUCUCCUUAAAGAGAGAGAGAGAGGGGAAAAGUGUCGAACCACCAUAGAGACGUUUAUCGGUCCCUAAAACCUAUAUAUGCCUAGUUUAAUUUCAUUUGCUUGAAUAGUACUUGUGUUAUUCGGCGCACAUGUAGAGGGGUGUCAAACCACUUAAGAAACGUUUCUUGUCUCCUAAAAACUCCACAUGCCAAAUUUAGUUCUGUUUGCCUGAUAAGUUCUUGAGUUAUGUAGACAUUUAUGCUUCAUUUGUAUGGUAGCCCCCCUUAGAGAGGGAGGAGAAGUGUCUAACCACCAUAGAAACUUUUAUUGCACCCUGAAAUUUCCACAUGUGAAAGUUGGUUUCAUUUGCUUGAAUAAUUCGCGAGUAAUGCAGAAAUUUGUGUUUCACUUAUAUGGCAGUCAGGUUUGCCAUAAUAAAAUCUGCAUUUUUGAUCUAAACAAAUCUUUUUAUCUUAGUUAUUUUUCAGAAAAUCUGUAUUUACUUUAUAAGUCCAAUUUUUAGCCAUAAUUUUAGCUUUAUUAUCAUUUUUUGGCAUAGUUAUUAUUGAUGUGACGAUGUUGAUGGUAUCGAACAAACAUGUACAGGGGAACUUCGAUAUACCGUACCCUCGUUAUAACGUACACAUUUCCAAAGUGCAAAAGAAAAUUUUCUUCAAUAUUUUUUUUUCUGAUAGAACAAUGAAUAACCUGUAUUGUGAUGCUAAAAUAAGUUUUGUACCUUCGAUCAAUCCCGAAAUAUAGCUGGUUUUGUGAUUCCGGAUUCUAAAUGAAUCAAGCUUCAAUCAUCAGUACGGAGGGAAACAUCAUGAGAAAGACUGGCUUCGUCUUCUGAUUGAAGUUAUUCAUUAACUUUACCAAAACAGCAACACAAUAAUGUAUUAUAGACUACGUUUGUGAGUACUUUAUUAUGCUUCGAUAUAACGUACAAUUCGAUACAACGUACAAUUUUGAAAGUGAAAUGUACGUUAUAUCGAAGAUUACCUGUACAUAGUAGUAAAAACAAAAUGCUUUAAUGAGGUGUAAUAGAAGUUUUCAAAGUGUCCGGGAUAUGCUUGUUUACAUUGCGCAACAGAAAUACUUUUAUUAUAACACAUUUUUGAACAUACACAACAAUGUAACGAUUGUAAUGAAUUAAGAGGUACCAUAGUGAGGUAACCAUUAAAAAACUAGAUAACUGUCAAUGAAUGAAGAAGGAACAUUAAAAUGCCAUGAAGCCAUGUGAUACGGACAAAUUUGGAUGGAUUAUUUAUCGGAUAUUUUUUAUCUAUACAGCCAUUCCAUGCCAAACCAAUAUAGUGGUUCUCAAAUUUUAGUGAAAAGUGGUAUUUUUUUUAUCACAAAAUAUUAGACUCGUAUUUUUUUUAGGGUGACAUUUUUCAUUUUAGGAUGGUCUGAAAAAUCUUUUUUUUUUCACUUUUACCCAAAAAGGACUUUUUUUUUUAAUUUACAACGUUUAAACCAUUGAACCGAUUUAGGUGACCGAUAUAUCAAAUAGAAGCCAAUGUGCUAGUCUAUAAUUGAAAAAUAUUGAGCUUGCAACAAAAAUGGAUUUUGUUUUCGUAAUUAUUGACUAGAUGGCGCUAUAUUUUUCAUGAUUUUUCUUGAAAGCUUUUUUUUUACAUAACAUAUCUCGAUAUCAGAGACGCUUUUUUUUGUUUUUGAGACAUGAUUUUUAAGAAUUCUCAUUAGCUUCAAUUUGAUAUAUCGAUCAUCUAAAUCAGUUCAGUGGUUCAACAGUUAUGAUUUUUUGAAAAAAGUCAUAUUUGGGAAAAAGUGGAAAAAAAAUUCAAAUCACCCUAAAAUGGAAAUGGUCACCCUAACGAAAAAAUCGCAAAAUACGGCUCUAAUAUUUUGCGACUUUUCAUGGAUAUCUGAGAACCACUGUAUCAUGGAAUGGCUAUAUACUUUUAUUUUUAUUUGAAUUUUCGUUCUUCGACUUGAUGAUUCAUUACAGCAGAUGAUUCUAAAAGUUAUUUGUGUGCUCUCGCACAGUUCGGAAACUUUUUCUACAUCUUUAACUCCAAAGUAGCUUCUUCAAACGCUGAUCCCGCGUCCUCAGAUUUGAUGUACUAGGCAUAAAUAACUCAAUAGAGUUCUGACUCCCAAAUUGGUCAGGUGUAAUUGUUGGGAUUGUUUUGUUCAACCAAUGGUAAAACGCAGUUCAAAAAAAAAUUAAAAUAUGUUUGGUCAUCGAGUCGUUUCAAUUAUUAAAAAAAUCGUCCCGCAGAUCUCAGUGAGAGUUAUCUUGCUGUAGACGAAUUCAGAAUUUUCAUUUCGAUUAAAUAUCAAAUCUAUUCAUAUAAUCUAGUUUCACCAUUAGUAGAACUUUUGAAUCGAAACUGAGCGUUUCAAGAAUAUUAAUCAGCUUAUCAACGGCUACGAAUGGGAUGUUGUGUUCUACCGCCCAAAUUCACUGUCUUCAUACGCUUUGUCCCCAAGGGAAUAGCCUUCAAUGUUCAGGUUGUCAUAGUCCCUAACCUGAUCGGUUACCUCAUUUGUGUAAAGCGCAAUGCAUUUUAAAAUGGUUUUCUCGACUGUGUUAGAAUUCAGAAGCAUUCAUUUCAACGCUAUUGUAACAUAUCAAAUAUUUGAAAUUUAAAAAUUAUCAAUACACCCAGGUUUUUUUACGCGGUUUUUUUACGUGCUUGUUUACGGUAAUUAGUGCUUGUAACGGAGCUUAGCGCUUAUGGAAGAAAUAAGUGCUGCACCUUAUCACGAUUCUUACGUGGAUUUUAGAUGUUAGGUAACGGGUAGCUCAGCGGGCUGUACAACGGGGCGGGGGUUUAACGGGCGGCGCCUCGGUUUACACAUCACAAAGGAAUCUUCUAGCAACAGCAGAUAUCCUCAUUCGUGAGGAAAACCGAACUAUAGCUACCAGUAACCAACGAAAUUGCAGGAAAAAACUACGCGUUUUCGGAAGUGAGUAACAAUCAACUUUUUAUUUCCGUUCCACGUAAGGAUAGUCUCAUUUGAUAUCUAUCAUUAGGUGACAUGGUUUUUUUUACGCGGAUUUUCGAAUUAACGUGGUUUUUUUACGCGGAUUUUCCAAUUAACGCGGUUUUUUUACGAGGUACGUAUCCCCCGCGUAAAAAAAACUGGGUGUAUUCAAAUACAUUAAUAAGGAAUGUCUAAACCGAUUGAAAUAUGGAUCCACAUCAUGUAAAUUCAUUGAGAAAUAACUGAGAAAAAAGCGCUCAAAGUGAACAAUUUUCGUAAAGUGAUCAAUCUUCAGUUUAUGAAUUUGUACUUCCAAAAGCGGACUUAUGGAUAUUUUCACCUUAGAUCGAACAUGAGGAAUCAGGAUAUUAUGUUGAAUAUGAAGGUCAGAAAAGAGAUGACUCUCAUUUAUGUCAUGAAGAAUGUAAAGUGGUAAAAAAAUUAUUGUCAUCAAUCAAUAACGUUAUUUUAAAAAAAUUGUAUAUUCUGUAUGAACACCAAAAAAUCUGUAAUCUGUAACUACAGAUUAUUGGUUUUGAAAAUGCUGAAAAAUCUGUGGAAAUACAGAUUAUUCUGUAGAUAUGGUAACCCUGAUGGCAUUGUAUUUAGCAACAAGAUCCUACCAUAGAAACUACAUUCACUAUAAACAACAUUACUCUCUUUGAAUUAUUGUUUAUGAACAUUACGGACAGAGGAGACGAAACAAACAAGAGGGUUUAACGCGGUCAGGAAAACGUUAUUCUACGAAAAUGCCAACAAAGAAUAAACUUUCUCCGUACAAUUACCGGCACCUGGUGGGGAGCCCAUCCCGAAGAUCUUAUAAUGUUGUAUCGAACAACUAUUCUCUCAGUGAUGGAGUAUGGCAGUUUCUGUUUUCAAUCAGCUGCCAAAACACACCUCAUUAAACUCGAGCGAAUUCAGUAUCUUUGUCUCCGUAUCGCGUUGGGAUGUAUGCCCUCAACGCGUACCAUGAGUCUCGAGGUUUUGGCAGGCCUACUCCCACUAAAAGAUCGCUUCAAUUUAUUAUCUCUUCGGUUCUUCAUCCGGUGUAAGGUCAUGAACCCAUUGGUGAUCGGAAAUUUUGAGCAGCUGAUCGAGCUAAAUUUUCACUCCGGAUUCAUGAGUUCAUAUCAUGAAUUCAUCUCCAUGCAGGUUGAUCCUUCUUCGUAUAUUCCCAACCGUGUUUGUUUCCCUGACUACAUCAAUUCCUCUGUGCAUUUUGAUCUGUCCAUGAAGCAAGAUAUCCAUGGAUAUUCAGAUUACCAACGAUCGAGGAUCGCUCCAACGAUCUUCGAUGAAAAAUAUAGGAGUAUCAAUUGUGAUAAUAUGUACUUUACUGAUGGGUCCACUAUAAAUGAGUCCACAGGAUUUGGAGUGUUCAACGAAUUUUUAAGCACCUCACACAGUCUUCAGAAUCCUUGCUCAGUGUAUAUUGCUGAAUUGGCAGCAAUUCAUUGGGCGCCUCACGACCUGUUGAACACUAUUACAUUGUAACGGAUAGUCUUAGCUCUGUCGAAGCUAUCCGUUCAGUGAGGCCGGAAAAGCACUCGCCGUACUUCCUUGAGAGAAUACGAAAAAUUUUGAGUGCUUUAUCCAGACGCUGUUACGUCAUUACCUUUGUGUGGGUCCCUUCCCAUUGCUCAAUUCCGGGUAAUGAGAGGGCUGACUCAUUAGCAAAGGUAGGUGCAAUUGAAGGCGAUAUUUAUCAGCGUCAAAUCGCCUUCAAUGAAUUUUAUUCUUUAGUCCGCAAAAAUACCAUCGCUAACUGGCAACGCAAGUGGAAUGAAGAUGAAUUGGGCCGUUGGUUUCACUCGAUUAUCCCUAAGGUUAGCCUCAAUCCGUGGUUCAAAAGUCUGGAAUUGAGUCGGGACUUUAUACGCACCUUCUCCCGACUCAUGUCCAAUCAUUGUUCUUCAGAUGCACUACUCUUUCGUUUCAAUCUUGCCAGCAGCAAUCUCUGUGUUUGUGGCCAAGGUUAUCGCGACAUCGAGCACGUUGUUUGGUCGUGCGAGGUGUAUCUGGUCACCAGAUCGAAUUUAGAAAACUCCCUUCGGGCCCGAGGAAGACAGCCCAAUGUGCCGGUGAGAGAUGUGUUGGCUCGGUUAGACCUUGAUUACAUGUCCCAUAUAUAUGUUUUCCUUAAAGCUAUCGAUCUUCGUGUGUGAUUGUCCCUAUGUCCUUAUACCCUCCUUUCCUUCCUUUGCGGGUAAUUCGUCCCCUUGCUAUAAAUAGUAGAAUAAGUUGAAAUGUAAAAACACUAUAGAUAUACAAACAGAUUUAAGAAUUGAGUUUUCAUCAACAUUGUUACAGUUUUCUUAUACACCAUCCUUCUCCUAAAAAUAUGUCACCCUUCUAAACUCGAGUACACCGCGAGUAAUCGGUUCUCCACCUUACUAACCAUAGAUGUAAGAAAAUUGUUUAUAUAUAAGUUGUUUAUAUAUAAGUUACUGAGCCUGCAAAAAUAAACGAAUUAAUAAAAAAAAAAAACAAACGAGUUCAUUUUGUUCAUAUCGCUGUUGCAUGAGCAAAUUUGCUAUAAUGAAUGAAUGCGACAUUGAGUGGGGUUCAUAACUUCGCUGUUAUUUAUACUUUGGAUAUCAAAAGCAACAAAUUGAUAUUCAUCACAUCCGAAACGAUAUUCGUUCUGGCAGAGAAUUUAAGUUCAAAAUAAAUUUUACUUGGCGAGACGGUAGCAACGGCAUAUGCAGAAUGGAUACAACGAGUAGUUUUAGCUACCGUCAAGUCAUUUGCGACAUCGGGAAUUUCAUAAGGUAUUUCCGAUUACGGCAUCCGGAAACUGCAAAACCCAACCGCACACAGCAGCCUCAGAUUAGAAGUUAACAACAGCUGAUAUUCAUUUGGCUGAAAUGAAAUUCAGUUCUGACGUUUCCGAUAAUCAUGAUGAAAAUGACACUGGGUGGAAAAAAUAAACAUCAAAACAUAUUGAAGGACAAAAGUUCAUUUGCUCAUAUUCAAUGGUUGCCUGGAUCUGUCAUUUUAAUUUUCGUUUGGAAUACAUAGGUUUUCGAUGCAACCUAGCCUGAAAAUCUAUGCAUUUGAUCUUAGCGAAGAUGAUUUUUUCCAACACUGGGUAAAUGUGAUAUGCUAGAAAACCGAAUCAAGUUGAAAACCCAUCGAACAUCGAACAUAGUGGUUAACUGCUACCCUCAAACGAUCGUAAGAAGAGACUGAAGCGUUCCAAACCAAUUCAGAACCAUAACAAAGGUGAGGUUAAAGAAGGGCUUUAAAUAACUUGAUUUUGGUUGAACCAUACUCGCUGAGAGUUUAAGAUGUCGUAGGCCUGCAUUAGGGUGGCAAUAGGUGUAUGGAAAAAAUUUCAUCAUCGCAAUCAAAAGCACUCAAAGUUUUAAUUGUUGCCCAUUCAGGCUAAGACUCAAAAGGACCAAACUUUUUUUUUCGAGAUGACACCAAAUCUCGACGUUUUAUGCAUUUUUAAGUUAUUUGGCAUCGAAAAAAAAACGAUCUUCCAAACAUCCUUUACUCCCCCUUGGAAGAUUUUCGAGGAUCAAAAAAUCAAGACUUUGAGCGUUUUGAGGCACCCCUAAAUCAUGUCCGAUUGAGCUGAAAUUUGGCACAGGUCUUUUUUUGGGCCAACAAACAAAAUAUACAUGGUCGGUUUUUGAAGUUUGACAUGACCAUUUUAGCUGAUACCUUAGCCCGCAUAACUUUUUCCGCAUUGUGAAUUCACUUGCUCAUUCCAUUCUAGGUUAAGUUGAAAAAUCACAUCAUGAUUGGGAGCUUUAUCGACAUACUCAAUUUUUAUUAUUAUUGAUUGAUUAUGUUUGGUAAAUCUGUGCGCGCGUGACUUCUAGCAAUAAAAAUUGUUUUAAUUUUUUUUGAAUCAAUAGAAGGUAGAUUAUCCGAGGACCAUUUUCAAACACUCUUCAGGCCAGUGUUAGUUAACCGAACAAAUAUGAACAAAUAUAAAGUUGCAACAUCAUCUGUGAAUGGUGACAAUUUUCAAAACUAAUGGUAAAUCGUUUAUAAACAAUGAAAAAAGUAGUGGACCGAAAACAAAUGCUUGGGGUACUCCAAAUAAAACAACUAAUUGAGCUGAAUAGUUUUCCACCAAUUUCCACUAUCUGAGUACGAGAGUUCAGAUAAGAACUGAUGAGAAAAACAGUUUGACGACUAAAGUGAAAAUGUCAGGACAGUUUACACAAUAAUUUGACGUGAGAUAUCAAAUGCUUUAGAAAAAUCUAUCAGAAGCAAAAAGUCACCCCUUUUUUUGUGUAUCAUCAAGAACCUUCAGCAGCGCUGAAGUAAUACUGUUACCGGAUCUGAAACCAUACUGAUUAGGACUGAUCAGAUUAAACCGUCGAAUAAAGUAUUGAAUUAGAAAUUUCAAAAUUUACUCAAAAAUAUUGGACAGCGAACAUAAAAUACCGAUUGGACGAAGAUUGUUCAAACAAGUAAACGCAGGUUUCUUACGAAUUGGAAUAAUCUAUGUAGCUUUCCAGGCACGAGGAAAUUUAGCAGUCGUUAUAAAUAAAUUGAAGAGAUCAGUUAUGGGCGUAAUUACGAUUGGAAAAAUAGUUUUAAUAAACCUCUAAGGAAUUCAUACCGAUAACAUUAGAGCUAAUCAAAACUAUAGUAUGGCAUUCCAGAUUUCCAACUCGUUACACGAAACAAAUGAAAAAUCAUCAAUGUUAGGAAGGGAUAUUCAUAUAGCUAUAUUUAGCUUGGUUAACUAAUAGAGUUACUUAAUUACGGAGUCUUUUAAACUGAAAUGGUUCUGAUAACUUCUACUCCUUGUCCAUUGGCGAUAUGCAGCAUCUCUAGCUAUCAUAGCAUUUAAAAUGUUAUUGCUGAACCAAGGUGCAUUUGCUUUGGGAAUAUGAGUUCUCAAUGGAAUAUACUGCCUUUCUACGCAUAGUUGUCUCAUGUUACUUUUUGACAAUUUUCACUUUUCUUCAUAAAACGAUGUUUUCAUGCCUAAUAUUCCGAAAAACACAAAAAAAAGUUAUUGUUUGUUCCCAGCUUUUAAAAAAACAACACCAAGCUCAAUUGUCCCAUGUUGAUAUUCUAGGCAUAGCUGUCUCGCAAUGUAUUUUUUUAGAUCCAUCAUAAAUAAAUUGGUUCAAAUACAAGAAUUAUAUGCCACGCUUUCAGCAGGGGCCAAUGUACUCAUUUCUGGUUUGGAAAAGCGAACUAAUUCUCAAAAAACAAAAACAAAAAAGUUUAACAGAACACGUGUACAUCUUGUUAGUGAAUGCCUAAUAACAAUGAGAUUUAUAUUAUGCAAAGGUGUUGCAGAUCACUUCCUUCUUCAUAAAACGAUGUUUUCUUGCGUAAUCUUUCGGAAAAUAUCAAAAAACUUAUUGUUUGUUCCCAGAAUUUCAAAAAACAACAUCAAGUUCAAUUUUCCCAUGUUGAUAUUCUUGGCAUAGCUGUCCCACUAUGAAUUUUUAAACUUAUAAUCUAGCUUGAUUGAUUUAAGUGAGGGGAAUUUUUCACAUUUCAUUAGACAAUAGUUUUCUUCUGAUAAAAAAACCCGAUGUAUUGCUGAAUUGAAAUGCUUCAAGCUUCUGGUAGACAAAUAUGCUAGAAAACUUUGAUAGAGAGUUUCUCGGUUGCUGAUUUUGGAACAUGGGACAACUAUGCGUAGAACGGCAGCAUAGUUCCCAUAAAUUUCAAUAAUAGGUUUGUUGAAGAAAUCAAGUGACAUCGCAGGAUUCUUUGCCAUGCGAUGUUGCAAAAAAAGAAGCCAUCCAACAUCUUUAUCAUAGUUAUUCUUAAAUUGGGAAAGACUGGAAAAGUUCUUUUAAUUUUAUAUUGUGAUGCAACCGCAUCGGACAUGAAAUGAAUUUAGCUCAAAUUAAAGUGCUGUUCUCAAUAUAAUUAAGAAUUCGGCUAUUUAAAACUUAUGUCUCUGAGCCUGUAAAAAUAAACGAAUUAUUAAAAAAAACGUGCUGUUCUUGACAUACCGUAAAAAUUAACCACAUCACUUAGUUAAUUCAAGCAUUGCAGUCGAAAAUUAUGUAUGUACUCUUUUAGGAAAAUUCUCUUCUCUUCUAAAAUCAUUCUAAAACAACAAAAAGUUGAGGAUUUUCAGUGAAUUUUAUGUUCAAAUCACAGUAUUUCAGAAACGGUAGGUUUUAUCAAAAUGUUGCCGUACACCGUUUUGACUGAAAAUCAUGCGUAUUUUCAUGAAAACGAGUCUAAAAAUAACUUCAACAAUUUUCAAUAAUCGAACUUUUUCGAAAAUAUUAGAAUUUUUUUGUUCAUUUCGCCGCUCUGUGCAAUAAACUUUCGUAGUUAUCCGCUGCAGCAUAUCGAAAAAUAAAAUAAAAAAACAGGAAGUAGGAUAUAUCUGUGGUAUAACCGCAAGGUUGACGUAGGACUGUCGUUGAUUUGGUGAUCAUUUGUUUGAAGUUGAAUCUAAAUCCAUUAUGACUGAAUGAAUAAAUGAAUAUUUGGGGGACUUCGAAAACGAGAGCGUUACGUUGGAGGCACAGAGUUUUAUGCGCCCAAUACUGGAUACGAAAAUAUUCUACUGAUGGGGAAGAAUAAUUUUCAGAAUCUUUCCUGUUAAUUGCACUUGAUUGAAAAAUCACAAAACAAAAUGUAUUUGGUCGUAUUAUCAUAAGAAUAGAAAACAUUAAAAUAAACUCUUUUGCUUGAAUGUAAUUUUCAAUUGCAAGUGGAACUGACAGGUUAUUUUGCAGCAACGAUGACAUCUUUCCGGAUUCUUCUCGAUUGCUCGAUAACCACCAAACGAAAAGUAAAAAGUAACAAGUAUAUAACGUGUAGACAUUUUAUCUUUCGAUUGAAGUGUUUAUGAUACCAUUCCGUCCAGUUGUUUAAGAGCUAUUAACACUCAUAAACUCGUUCUCCGGCGUAACGCUUUCGUUUUCGAAACUUUGAUUUUACUCCCCAGUAUAGAAAUGAAAGACGUAGUCCUACGUCAAAAAAUCAAGAACACUUCUUUUGAGACAAUUAAGUUUCAAGUGUUAUUUUCGAAAUAAAAUAAAAAUAAUACAAUUUUCUAACAGUGCAUACUUUCGCCACAUAGUCCUAACAAUAACCUAUAACAUUGCGGAAGACACCAAGUCAAUAGAACCAACUGUUUCUGAGUUAUGUUUUGUUGAGAAGCAGUAUUUGCUUAGGCCCUCCUCAAAAGUAAAUCUACCGUCAAAAUGGCUAACUGACGAUGCAAAUCGCCCUUUUUGAUCAUGAGGAUUGCGUCUUACAGUCGAAGUUUAUACCAUUCUCUAUCGAUAUAAAUAUCGAUAAAAUUUCUCUCUACACUAAUAAUGGAUGCAUACCUACUCUAUGCGUAAUUUCAAUCCACAAGAUGUGGAUUUUGUAUUAUUAUUGUGACCUGAAAGUGAAACAUGUCAACAUGAAGUCAUAUUUCAUUUGCUCCGUAUAUUCUCGAAUAAAAAGUGAAUUUAAUAAAAUUAAGUUGCAUUCAAACGCCGUUACAUGAAUGCAUAAUAAUGUUCCUCUAUCCAACCGGCGAAUCCUCCACCACCGAAAAAAAUCCAUCGUUGCAACCCCAAAUUCUUCCCGCAGAACACAACGCAUAAUCACACGCCUUUUUUGGGACAAACAGAAACACAGAUGGUCACAGUUUAGGACCCACAAAACGCAUACAAAAAAGUCAAAAGAAAAGUAUUACUUAGUUCAAAUUUUAUCACCUAAAGAGAGCAGCAGAUGAAUGUGUACAUAGGGUAAAAGUGAAGCAGAGAGAGAAAAACAACGCUGUAAAUAUAGAUAAUGUCAACACUUAAUGAAUGAAACAAAUGUGGAGAAAGGUCGUAAGCGAAAAAACAAUAUAUAUUUUAAAUUCCGAGAGCGCGGACAGUUCGUGCGAUUGUCGAACCGUGGUUUUGAUUUCGUUAACGGAACGAUCGAAGUGAACAACGAAACCUUUUAGGUGAGCGAGAUCUGUGUGUUGAGUUUUUUUCCAAUAUCGAAUGACAGAUUUUUAAUGGAAUGGAAUUCAGAGAGAGAUUAUUUUAUAUAUAUGAAAAAAGCAGAAACACUCGAGUUGCGAUUCGGAUGGGGUGAAAAAAAUGUAAUUUAUUCAACAAAGACAGAGGAAGAAUAAAAAAAGCAGAGAACAUUUUAUUUAAA